UUGUUGGGAGAUAGGGAAUGCCCGUUAGUUGCGUCUGCCGAUAAUAGCACAUCAGCCAGUGCACUCCUAUUGGGAGAGCAGAGCACAGGCAGAGCAGAGGGACCGAGCUGCUGAGCAAAGAAUGGUACACUAGAGUAGACAGGCACACUCGGAAAGAGAAAGAGCGAUACUGGCACAAUCAGAAAGAAACAGAGAGUGAGAGACCCAGGAAGAGAGAGCGCAUCAGCACACAUAGACAAGAGGACUGAACAGGCGCGGGGCAGUGGAAAGAGGAGAGGAGGGACAGGGGGAAUCAAAGUUACCAGGUCAGCAAGAGAACGUGGAAGUGGAGCAGCUGAGACUCUCGGGGGUUUCACUCCCACCGCAGCAGCCGGGCGCAGCAUUAAGACGCGCAGGAGGAGAGUGAUAUUACAGGACAGGAUAGAACAAGUGCUUUAACUUCUUCACAGAAAGACAGUCCUGUCAUAAGGCGAGGGUAAUGCUCCUCACAGGAACCUUCUGCACUUCUACUUUAGGAUUAUCACAGCAAGAGAGCUUCACCAAGCAGAGGACACUUAAACCUGCCAGAGGUGCCUGAGCAGUUCAGGUCUACACAGGAGACCUUUUCAUCCAUCCGUGGGCUUUCAGGUGGAUGUAGUGUUGCUGUGUGGAUUUUAUCCUUUAUUGCUUCAGAAGGUGAAGCAGUGAAGAUUUGGAGGGCAAGUUGUUCUGUCCUAUCAUCUCUGAGACUAUGGUAGACUGUGUGUCAGAGAGCCCCUCAUCAGCAGCUGCAGCCCUAGAGUAUGGAGAAGUCCAGCAGUGAGGAGUCAGCCAUUCACCGUAGCCCUUCUGUAGACAGCCGCGAAUCCGAUUUUGCUCAAGCCUCCACGUCUGGCCGCCCUUUCGGUGGCCGCGGCUUCACUGCCGGCGCUUUCUACGGCUCCACGGGGCCACGCAAAAACACGCAGCAGGGGCAGACUGGAGCUGCAGCUGACGCCAGCGCGGGAGACAAGACUAACAACAAGUACAGCUCACCCAAGGGCAGCAAAUACAUAGUCUUUUACCUGGAUCUAUCCUUUGUGUUCCUUUUAGAAUUUAAGAAGUGCAACAUGGCAAGAGGCUGCCUCUGCUGCUUGAAGUAUAUGAUGUUCAUCUUCAAUCUCAUCUUCUGGUUAUGUGGCUGCGGGCUGCUCGGCGUGGGCAUCUGGCUCUCGGUGUCUCAGGGAAGCUUCGCCACCUUCUCACCCUCAUUCCCUUCACUGUCAGCUGCCAAUAUGGUCAUUGCCAUCGGCGCCAUCGUCAUGGUAACAGGCUUUCUCGGUUGCCUGGGUGCCAUCAAGGAGAACAAGUGCCUGCUUCUGAGCUUCUUCAUUGUCCUGCUGAUAAUUCUUCUGGCGGAGGUGAUUUUGCUCAUCCUGUUCUUUGUGUACACAGAUAAGGUGCGUGAGAAUGCCAAACAGGAUCUCAAGGAUGGGCUGGCUCUGUACAACUCAGAAAACAACAUAGGCCUGCGAAAUGCCUGGAACAUCAUCCAGGCAGAGUGGAAAUGCUGUGGAGUGAUAGGAUACACCGACUGGCACGAGGCCCUGAAGGACAAAGUAGUUCCUGAUCGCUGCUGCCAGGAGCAUUACCAGAACUGUGGGCGGAACUCCACCAACAUGUUCUGGAACAGGGGCUGCUUUGAGAAAGUGGAGGAAUGGCUGGAUGACAAUAAGUAUCUGCUGGGAACCAUAGGCAUGGUCAUCUUGGUAGUGGAGCUCCUGGGCAUGGCAUUCUCCAUGACAUUGUUCCACCACAUUCACAGAACGGGAAAGAAGUAUGACGCUUAGCCUUGGGACAAGCACCAAAUGGAGAAGAGCCCCAGUGCUUGAUGGGAUAAAGACUCUGAUUCAAACAUACAUCCAUGCUUUCCCUCUUUAGAGCAUCCUUUUCCCCCUUCUCAGAUCGUCUGUACAGAUUCCAGCUGCUCUGUCCUGCUGUCUCCUCUCACCAUUCAUUUUGCCAAAGAGUAACACAACUGGAAGAGAAGAGGCACCUACUUUUGGCAAGGAAGAGAAUCCCAUAUGUUGUCCCUUCUCUUGAGUACACUUGUUUUUUUGGCUUUUUCUGUUCUUCUUUGGCUUGAACUAACCAAUUGCUGGAGGGAAAGACAGACAUUGAGACAAUGAAGACUUUACAAAUGCCCAAACAGCCCCACAGGGCGAAAAAACCCACGAAAGUGACAAAACCCUCCACCUCAUGUGGAGUUUUUUUUCUUCAUGCUUAUUAAAUUCUAUCCCUGUUUUUUUUCCCCUUGUAAAUGAAAAAGAUCCAACAUGGCAUGCUAGUUUUCUACUUCACUGAUUUAUCAAUGAAAUGACCGUUGUUAUUAUUUUUAUUUUAAACGUAUUGUUUUCUUGUUGGAUUUGCUUUUGUAAGUAUAUCAUCCUGUGGAAUGUAAGUGUCGAACAGAUCGGUGCAAUGUGUGUGUGGGUAUGUGUGUGGGAUUGGUUUUGAGGUAACAUUGCUGCAGACGGGCAAAGGCACGUAAGGAUGCAGAGGUUUAGAUGAAAUGAGCUUCAUGGAGGAGCAUCGCGUAAGCACGAGGAGUCAUCGGUGGAUUCAUUUUACACCAAACAUUUGUCUGCGAACAAACUCGCACACAUGCAUUUUGUGCUGCCACGCAGCAGCGUACCCGUUCCCUGUUAGACAAUAUAAAUGAUGUAAAAUGGCUGUUUAUUAGGGCUCCAGCAGCACUGUCAGCUGUAGAGAUCUAGGUGAUAAAGUCCCCCCUUUGAGAAAGCAGACUGGGUUGUGUACGCGCAUGCAUUUUAUCACACAGUUCAAGCUGCAGAGGAGAAAAAACCCACUGAGAAACACUUAGAAUCAAGGGCAGGAUGGAGCAAAAACCGAGCAGACACGCUGUCUCGUUUCGGCUAUCAAUAGCGUUAACAGAGGUGGCUCUAGCCUUUCUGUACUGAAGAUCUCAUCCAUUCACACCGCACUCCUCGUGCUUUCUCUCGGCGGCUUGCAACUCAACCCUGCCUCUAUCUUUUCUUUUUCACUCUAAUUUUCUUUCUUCGUGUCAGGCAGCAAUGAGUUUCAUGCUCCAUCCAGUGCUUCUGCUGACAUUCCUGCUCAUCACACGUUUACACCUCCGGUUUGCAACCCCCUUCAAUUUUACGUAGGCUUCAUUUUCUCGCAGCAACCAGAGGUGGGGCGAGAUGGGAGUGUGAGAGUGUUGCCAGAUCAAAGCUCAGACUGAUAUGUAUGGCAACAUGCCCUGUAGGACACAUCAGUUUAUGUCUGUUUACAUCUACAUUCACUGCAGGGGGCCAGAGUGCCAGCCUUCCUCCUGAAGACUGAAAAUAUUCCAUCUGCCGUGGCGACUUCAAAAAAUGCCCUCCGGUGUGUCUGCUCUAGGCUUCAAAAUCUCCAAAGAAACGGUGGAAUAAAGACCUCGCUUACUAUCAAAGGAUCACUGUAGCUUUUGGAAUCAUAAGGUUGUAUUCAGUUGUGACAUAGUGCUUUCCAAAGCAAGUGCAAUUAGAGAUGUGGGAAGAUUGCUAUAUUUUAAUCAAGAACAAAAAAUAGCGGUAAAUAAGCCGGCCAAUAAUUACAAAACAUUUGUAACAGAAUGUUAGCAGAUUGUUUUGCACAAAGGUUUUUACUACAGAGGGAAGAUUUUAAAGAAAUUGUCUAUUUAAGCUGAUAUUUUACCACAGUUGCGUCUUUACCAUCUUUAUUUUGAAUUUCUGUUACUGAACCGUUGACCUGUAUUGUCAUGUUUGCCACUAUGCCCUGUUUCUCUUCAUCUCAUCCAUUCAAGCAGAUUCAGUUUGUAGAUUCCUGCAAGUUGGUUGGACUUCAAUUCAGUAGCAACUCUUUCAGAACACAGUAAAAGCUCAUAUAAACUUGGAAUUGUGGAAUCUUUAUGAUGCAGAGUACUGUACUUGCACGAGAGGACUUUAGGAUUGUGUUUUACCACCUAGUUAAGUCAAGUCUCCCAUUUAUAGCCUAUAUCGCCUGCUCAUGUGUAACCAGUAGAGCUGAGCUUGGCUACCAGGGAAGCUGCCAAUUAAACUUUUACAAGUGGUUGCGUUCUAAAUUGUUUCCUACAUUAUAGCUGCAAUUAAAUUUAUUGCUUUGAAUGACGCAUCAAUGGACUACUGUCUAUUCCUGCUACCUGAACUAACAAAGAAAUUAAGCCACUCAUUUACUCACGUGCCCCCUUGAUGUGAGAUGCUUCAGAGUAUCUCCUGAAGUCAUUGUUGGCAUUUUAGGAAAAAUUAGUCUGAUGAUUUCUUAAUUUAAGGGAGAGUUUUAGGAAGAGAAAGGGGAAUUCUUGCAACAGGAAGCAACAAAUUUGUGCUGUUUUGUGCAGUGACCCUGCUGGCUGUGAUACACUGUCUGCCCCCAUAUGCUCCAACUCUUCCUGUUGUGUCCAUGGGGGAAACAUGACAGCUGCUGAUGUACAGUGCAGGCACGAGCGAUCGCGUUUCCUCUGCUCGGCUGCCUCCACAAACUCAACACAUCCCUUACUUACUGCCUCACUCUGCAGACACCUGGCGCUAUUCAGUAACUGGCAAUGUGGUUUGGACACCUUAAAGCACUCGUAAGGUACCCGAGACGGGUUAGCGGAGGAAUAGCUCAAAACAGUUUGGCAAAUGAGGCUGUGCUGUAUCCUUACUGCAAAAAAAAAGGUUCAAAGGAAACCCGAGAUAGCCGCACAUGUAACAGAAAUACAAGAAUGCAGAAUAGUGGGAAUAAAGCAAAUCCGUUGGGAGGUCAGAGCCUCAGCCUGCGGACGCUGUUUGCUCUCGGCUGAUCUGACUGGGGCGACAUUUUCUUCUCUGUGUAAAAUCCUUACCCCAGUUUCCAUGAUUAUUUCAGAGUAAAUGUUACAUUGUGUUUGUAAUAUGCGGGGAUGAAUGCCAUUUUAACAAGGGGGGCUGUUUAAUUAUGUUCGUUUUGUACACUUUUCUGCUGUUUAAAUGUUUGUUUUUAUACAAUAUGCUGUUGGUUUUCUUGUUGUAGGUUCUGUUUUUAUUGGCUUUCCCCCCAUUUGUAGUUCACUUUGAGUACAUGACACCAUUAAGCAUUUUUUCCUAGAGGAUUAGUCUUUGCAGUGUUCCUCUACAACAUGCAAAAAUGCCUUUUCUGUGUUUCAGCGAUGCAGGCGGUUAAA